ACUCUCAACAGCAACUUGAAUCUGACCCAAGAAUCGUCACCAGAAGAAACCUCCAGAUGGCUGACCGCGAACAGAUUUGAAAAAUACGCAGACACAUUCGGGAGAUUUUCGGGAGACGACAUGCUCAGAAUGUCCAGAGACGAUCUCAUCCAAAUAUGCGGAGAUGCAGACGGGAUCAGACUGCACAAUUCCAUCCAUCUCAAGAGCAUCGCUCCCAAAUUGAAAAUCUACGUCUGUCGCGACAACUCGUCGCUAUACAACGCCAUCUUCUUAUCUGCGCACAGCAAGACGGAGCUCGCGCAGAAGCUCUCGGCGAUGUUGGGCCUGCCUCGGGAUCAGAUACGUGAUGUCUACGUGGAGGGCCCGCAUUCGAUUCAUGUUCAGUUGAACGACGACGUACUGAAGCACAUCAAAGAAGAAACUAUGUUUGCUUUGGAGGUGAUGCAACAGGACAACAACGGAUAUGUAUUGUUGCUGAAGAGAUCUGGUAAAUGAUUAGGUCGUAGCGGUUUCGGCUCUGAUGAGUUUGGGGUUGUUUAGGUUAAGGUUUUGAGUACGAACCGACAUGUGGAAGAUGUAUCGUCAUGUAUACAGAUUCUAAGUGAGUUUUAUAGGUUAUGUUUGGUCUUCACAGAUUACUACAAGGUUUCUUUGUCGCAUAUUAUUGCGGUUGACAUUGAUAGAAUGUGAGGUUCUUCCAGUUGUCACUGAUUGAACUCUUUUGCUGUACUGGUACUUGAAUGGAGAAUGGUCUUACUAUCGACAUUGAUUGAAUUGAAUAUUUCAGCAUUACUUCGUGUACGUUAGGCUUUUCUAAGCUUCUGGUAGUGACGUUUUAUAAUCCUGUAGGUUCAUUGAUUAUUUUGCGGUUGUCAUUGAUGGAAUCAGGUUGCAGCUUAUUGAUUUGAUUAUCGCUUUUGUAUUCUUCUUCUUCUUCGUUUUGCAACAGAACAUGCGAUGAAUUACGUCUGAUUUCUUCAUCAGCUUCUUCGCUGACCUAGUGGAUAAAGACGUUUUCAUUGAAGUAGAUAUGGACUGGUUCAGUGACUGAAGUUUAUAUUUUUCCGGCUGUCACUGAUUGGACAUUAACAUUCAUAAAUUAUACUCGUUUUUACAUUUUCCAUUGACAAACAAAGUAUGCUAAUCGGGCUUUAUCUUGAUUUGAAACGUUUUCUCAACAUUUAAAACUUGACGAGUCUUGUAUCAUUGAUUGUGUAUUUUUGAUUGUUUUAGACAAUGCCACUGUUCCAUUUCAGUUCGAAUCAGAGCUGUCACCAAUCGUUUUAUAAUGAUGUUCACAUGUUGAAUGUGAUUUGUUUUUUUUUUUCACCCGAAGAUGAAAAUAAAUUUCGACAAAUGAACUUAAACAAUUGUCCCGUCUUGGAAUCUACAUUGAUGUGUCUUAUUGAUAAAGAAGCCUUUUUCAAAUUCGGAACAAUCUAACACAAAUUAUUUUCGAUUGAAUAGUUUGGUUAGUCUCUUCCGAAAUCUGCUCGAAUAUCAACUGUCUAGUUUUUAGUGAAUAUUGUUUACAUAGUAUAUAGAAAUAUUUUUAUAAAUGUUUGAACCAAAAAGCCUAGUUUUGAAAUAAGGACAGCUUCCAGUUGUGCUAAUCUGGAACGAUUAUAUAUUUUUGGUGCUUAUAAUUUAGUUUUAGAGAUUACCAAUGUUAUUCUAGAUUUUAUCCUGGAGUCCGCAGCAGUACCUUGAAACAAAUUCGGUGUACCACAAGGACUGGCAUAGGGCUCCAGAUUUGAGUACUCCUAGAUUAGUAUCGAGAGCCAAAAUAAAAUUAAUUAUUAUAAAAAAUGUAAUGGUUUGCUCAGAGAUAUUUUCUCUUGCAGCUUUACAUUUUUACUAACCUUUGGGAUUAUAUUUGAUGGUUCCCAUCAUUUUAUUGUUAUUUAGUUAGUAUAUUGUUAACUUUUUAUUGAAUUUCUAUAAUAAUUAGAUGUUAGUGUUACUUUCUUCUCAAAUAAGGCGCAAAGCUACGGUGAUAUCAAAACAGAACCUCUUGCACAUCCUUGGGCUUCUACUGUCCCGCCAAUUACAUUUUUCUAGUUACAUUCCUCCUCUGCUUUAGAGUGAUAACGAUCUCCCCAAGUCCAAGAUCACAACAGGUUUGCGAAUUUCAACUUCCUCCUCAAUCAUCAGCUCAUGAAACUGAAUACAUAUCUGAAAGUCUUGCAUCUCAAAUUCACCAAUUCGGCGUAUGACAAUGGAUAUCCUGUGCACUGCGCCAAAACAUAUCUGCGUGUUUUUGGGCUUCGCGGUUCUACGUUUCAUGUAUUCAGCUGUGAAAAUUACAUGGAGCUAAUUAGAUUUAUCAUAUAUUUUUAUCGUAGACAGAGGGUACAAAUGUCAUUAGAGAGAUUAUCGUAGAGUAGAGCUUGAAACGUGCCUUGAUAGUGUAUUUUUGUGCCAUAAUAAAGUCUGUGUAACAGGUUUA